AUGGCAAGCAAAGAAGUGGCCGACACAACAGAGCCUUUGAGGCUGAGACUGCUGUUGGCUAAAGUGGAGUCUCUGAAAGGUUUUUGUGUGCAGCAUGGACAUGACCUGAGACUUCUUCUAAAGGUGCUUGUGGUGGCUGGCUGGGUUGCCUUGGUGAUUGCAGCCUGUGUGUUAAACUUUCGUCGGGCCUUCGUUUUGCUGGUCAUCUCUUUGCUCGUGCUCUUCUUCCUCGUCUGGGAUUGGAUGAUGGGGCGCUACGGUGACCAGAUUUGGGAGGGGCUUCUUCCUGUCAGAGAGUUUAUCAGCAUGCACUGGAUUCAAGUCAGAUGGCUAAUAUACACGUGUGUGCUAGUGGGCCUCGUGUGCUGGCUGAUACUGGACACAGGCAAGCAUGGAAAAAGACAAAUAAUGUCUUUCUUUGGUUUGCUGCUCCUCAUCUUUCUCAUGAUGCUGUUCUCCAAACAUCCUUUCAGGUGGUCAUGGCAAGCAUUGUUCUGCGGUCUCGGGCUGCAGUUUGUCUUUGGUCUUAUUGCGCUCAGGUCCUCCUUUGGCCUACAAGCACUGGACUGGAUGGGCAAAAAAGUUGAGAUCUUCAUAUCCUACACAGACGUUGGCUCUCGUUUUGUCUUUGGAGACAAUUUCCAAAAGCACUUCUUCAUCUUUAAGGUGAUGCCUAUCCUGAUUUUUCUGAGCGCCGUCAUCUCUGUGCUCUACCACUUGGGCUUGAUGCAGUGGCUGGUUAGCAAGAUCGGCUUCAUAAUGCAAGUUACCAUGGGAACGUCUCCAGUCGAAUCGACGGCUGCGGCCGCAAAUAUCUUCUUGGGGCAGACUGAAACCCCCCUGUUGAUUCGACCCUACAUCUGUGAGCUAACCAUGUCCGAGAUGCAUGCAGUUAUGACAGGAGGUUUUGCUAGCAUUGCUGGUACCCUCUUGGGAGUCUUCAUCUCCUUUGGGGUGGAUGCUACGCACUUGUUGACGGCGUCGUUGCUUUCCGCUCCCGCCUCGCUGGCUAUCUCCAAAAUAUUCUGGCCAGAAACAGAGACACCGAGCACAAAAGCGUGUCGUGAUGUCAAAAUCAAAGGGGGGAGUACUAACAUGCUGGAGGCAGCGUCGCAAGGGGCCAUCUUUGCUGUGGGAAUAGUGGCCAACGUGGUGAGUAACCUCUUGUCCUUCAUGGCACUGUUGGCUUUCUUCGACGGCGUCCUCUCCUGGUUGGGGGCCAUGUUUGACUUCCCCCAGCUCAGCUUCUCGCUGAUAUGCUCGUACCUGUUUAUGCCCCUGACAUUCAUGAUGGGGGUUUCAUGGGAGGACAGCUUCAUGGUGGCUGAGUUGGUGGGCAUGAAGACCUUCCUCAACGAGUUCGUGGCAUAUCAGAAACUGUCGGUGUUGAUUAAGAGGCGCAAGGCCGGUGGGCCGCAGUAUAUCAACAAUGUCAAGCAAUACAUUUCUGUGCACUCUGAAACCAUCGCCACAUAUGCCCUGUGCGGCUUCUCCAACUUCGCCUCGCUGGGCUUGACAAUCGCAGCCAUGACUACAAUGGCUCCAGAGAGACAAAGUGACAUCUCCUCUUGCGGGAUCCGAGCUCUGAUCGCAGGCAGUGUUUCAUGUUUAAUGACGGCCUGUGUCGCAGGCAUGCUGUACAUCCCCAAACUGGAGUGCCCACAGUACCUCAACAGCAUAUUGAACAGCACCAAUGUGACAAUGACAACACAACUGCUCACCUGCUGUACACAACUUUACAACAGCGUGACGGUGCAUGAGCCAUGGAACUUCACCCUUCAGGAAUUCAGCAAGAGCAGUGUGCAAGUGUGUUGUGCGCUCUUGCCCUCCUCUUCACACUUCAACUGUAGCUGGCUUCUUUAA